CCUUCAUUCCACCUGAGCUCUGGGAGAAACUUGUUUCCAAGGCAAAUGAGAUGAACGCCAUAGAGUUCAGAGUGAAGUUUGUGGUCAGCUCAGACACCACAGUGAGUUUGUUUGGUCGUGCUGAAGAAGUUGAACAGUUAAAAGAAGUGAUCAGUCAGUUUGUUUUGGACCAGGUGAGCAUCAGGGGGAAAAUCACUCUUCCCUUCCCCGAGUUACUGCAAGACCUACCAGACCUGCUGCAACUACACAACAUAGACUUAGCAGGAGUCACCUUCCAUCCUGUCUCAUCGUCAGCUAAGCCCACAGUAGAACUUGAAGGUCCGUCCAGCAAAGUGAAUGAGGUCGAGAGCAGGGUCAACUCUUUUCUGGACUCUCUGGUUCAGAACAAAGUCAUCAUCAAGCUUCCUGGGGCAGUGCGAUACUUUGAUUCUAUCUCUGGAAAGCAGAGCAUGUCACAGGUCGCUCGUUCUCACAAGAGUCUCAUUCAUCUUGAAGAACAACUUCACACCCACAGACAGGAUAUGGGAGUUGCCAAAUACAGGCUUCAGGAUGGCCUGGAGGUCCUGGUGUGUGAGGGGGACAUUACGAAACAGUAUGCUGAUGCCUUGGUGAAUGCUGCCAACAAAUAUCUGGACCAUGGUGGAGGUGUUGCAGCUGCACUCAGCAAAGCCGGCGGGCCUCAGGUGCAGAAGGAGUGCAAAGAUAUCAUUAAAACUAAAGGCAAACUUACUGUUAGCGAGGUGGUGGUGACCACAGGAGGAAACCUAAAAUGCAAGAAGCUACUGCAUGCUGUUGGGCCAAAGGCUGAAAAAGAUGGAGGCAAAGAAAGACUCUUACUAGAACAUACUGUCAAAAAUGUUCUAGAUUUAGCAGAAAGUAUGAACCUCAGCUCCAUCGCCAUGCCGUGCAUCAGCUCAGGGCGGUUUGGUGUCCCUAUUGCAGUGUGCUCUGAAGCUAUUGUUAAUGCUGUUAGGGAGUUCGGAAGUCAGGAUGGACGGAGUCUGAGAAAGAUCAUUCUGAUAGAUGUCAAAGGGGACGUGGUGAAGGCCAUGCAGUCGGCAUGUGACAGGCUCCUCAGAGGAGCUGGAGAAAGUAGAGAAACUGGACUGGGUGCUGCAGGAGGAGAUGCCGGAUCUGCUGUCCAUGUUGAGAUCGUUCAGGGAAACAUUGAGACCCUGCAGGUGGACGCCCUUGUGUCUCCAAUGCUUGGCCACGAUCCACUCUCUACCCACACUGGAAAUUGUCUACUGACUAUUACAGGAUCUGAAAUGACCACAAAAUUUUAUCAGGUUGUCAAACAAAAAACUCAACCUGGGGAAACAGUACUGGUAGAAAACCUGCCUGCUCUCAAAUGCAAGGCAGUUUUUUUCCUCAAACAAAUUCGUUGGGAUAACAACAAAAAAGGAAAUGCAGUCCAGGUAAGCACAAUGCUGUAAUGAACUUUGAUUCAAAGAUGAUUUUUGAAAUGGGCUCUUGCGCUUCUCAGGUUUUGAGGCAUGGCAUCAGACAAAUCCUGUCCUCCUGUGACUCCAGAGGGUAUAGCUCUGUGGCUCUGCCCCUCCUUGACAUUGGAGUUGUCCUGGGUUUCCCUCACAGCGUUGCAUCUGUGGUUCUUCAGGAAGAGAUCAGUGCCUUUGAACAGAGCAGACAAAGCACAUCGUCUUUCUUAGUGCAGAUUGUGAUUCAUCCCAAUGAUAAAGAAUUGAAAAAGGUCCAUGAAAUAUGUACUAUUACAUUUUUUUGUAAAAUCCACGUUACAGAAUGAAUGUCUCUCUUAUUUUUUGUUGGACUUUUGACCUGUAAAAAACACUUUUUACUGCCCCUUUGCAGGCCAUUCAGUCUCUCCAAGAUUCUUUUCAAAUCAAAGGAUUUUGUGAGGAUGCAGCUCAAGGUUGGUCUUUUUUUUUACACUUUUCUCUCAGUUUUGCUCUUAAGCUUCUUAGUUUUAGAAAACAGUUUUUUGAGUAAAAAGUAAUAUUAGGCAGCAAAUGACCUGAUAACUGUAACCUCACUUAUAAUAAUAAAAAAUAAAUAAAAUAAAAAUUACAAAAGCAAGUUAAGAUAAAAAAAAAAAAUAGAGAAGAGAUUAUGACACUUAAAACUGUUAACUUAAACAGAAUAUUGAUAUUUAGCUUAACAUCUGUGUUUGGUUGGAAACGGACUGAAGAAGCAAAGCCUGAAAACUGCACCUGGCUUACAUAAAAAAAAAAAAAAAAGUUUUAACUUAAUUAACAGAAGAAAAAGCAAGAAAGAUGAAAAGCUGCAUUCCUACUUCCUUAUUCUCAAGCUACGUUCACACAGCCAUUGCCAAUGCAUGUUGAAUUAGACACUUCCAAUGAAAAGUUUAAGUAAAAACGUGUUUUGGGCAUUCACUUUCAAACUUACCUACUCAAGUUUCUACAACAAUGUAUGAGCUCUAUGUACAAAACGUGCAGCCAUUUAACUCACAUUGAACGUUAAACAAGGUUAAAUUUUGACCUAUCAGAUGCUUCGAUUUGGCUAGGGAUGGGCAAUAUAUUGGAGCCAGUAUCAGUAUUGGCCGAUAUUUGCAUAAUUUGAGAUUAUUGAUAUCAGUCCAAUGCGAAAAAUUCAACCAAUAUAUCCCACCAAUAUUUCUAUUUUAUUAUGGUUACAGCAAGAGGAGGGCUCUGUUUUGCAUAGGUUUGCUCCCCCUCUCAUAUCCAUGUUUGCACAAGGGGGAGGGCUCCAAUCAGACUUGGGCUGUUUUUUGAAGCUAUUGACAAAAACAUUAUAUACAGUCUAUGGUUCAAGCAAAUACAAUA